AUGUCACAAGAUUCUUCAAAUCAGCAACCAUCACAAUCUGAGUCAACACAAACCAUAUCAUUCGACAACACUAGUACUACUACUAAUCAUACAGAGAAGCGUGUUUCUGAAACUAAAUUGGAGAAUGAGAACUUUGCUGCUUCCUCGGAUAUAGCACAGGCUCAUAAUCACCCAUCAAUUAUCAAAGGAAAUGGUUCGACCACCAAGAAUAUAGCUGCCAGUGGUAUCAAGGUAAAUACUAAUAAUAGUACUACUAGUGGUAUUGCCCCACCAAUGAAGAUUCUCACUAAUUCAUCAAAAGAAGUUACAUCACCAGUUUUACAAAAUUCAAAUACCCCAAAACUCGGAUCAACAAAUACUAGUGGUACCAACAUACCUGUUAGAAACCAAAGUGUUUCCUUUUCUGAUAUAGACAAUCAAGAACGUUCCCGUCGAUUUACCAUAUCAGCAAAGCCAUCAACUGUCAGUGUUCAACAGGAAAUUCAGCAACAAUCAUCAAGGCAUCCUUCAUCAGCUGCUCCAUCUCGACAAUCAUCGGUAAAAACGAAAAGAGUUUCGUCUCCAGUCAACUUUGAAGGGAGUGUGUAUAAUGAUGUAUUAACUUUUAUGACCAAUCAUAGUCAUGGUAAAUUAAAUAAUGCAUUACCAUCUAAUGCUCAUAUUGGUUCGAUCAGAAGUGAUAAUUCUUCUCCUAUAACCCCUGAAGGAGCUAUUGACCCAGGGUUCAAUUUUGAAUAUGACAAGAAUUCAAUAAAUCGAAUUGCUAGUCCUAGUCCACCUCCAUUUAGUCGUUCAAAUGGGAGUUCUUCAACGUCAUCACCAAAAAGAAACAAGACACCAAAUACCCCGGAUCCUGCAUCAUCUAAUGAACCCCCGACUAUAUCAGACAAAUUGUUAUCGGAAUCUUAUUCACAAUCAGCAGUCAAACCAUUCCCCUCCAGUCACAAUGUUCAACCAAUUAAAAUCACUGGCCCCGGAAGCAAUAAUUCAUCACGUCGUGGAUCUUUAAAGAAAUCCAAUAAAACAAUUGUAUCUUCCCCCAUUGGUCCACCUGUUCCAUUUCAACAAUUUUUAUCUAAGCAAGAUGAUGGGAAAUUCCAUAUUUUAUUAGCUUGUACUGGUUCCGUGGCCACCAUUAAAGUGCCAAUGAUUAUUGAUAAAUUAUUUCAAAUUUUCACCACAUCAAAGAUUUCAAUUCAAUUAGUUUUAACCAAAUCAUCUAGUCAUUUCCUUCGUGGUUGUAAAAUUCAUGAAGAUGUCAAAAUAUGGCGUGAUGAAGAUGAAUGGGCCAAUUUUGCUGAUGCUUAUAGUUCUGCAUCAACCACUGUUUGUACUACUACUGGUAAUGAUAAUUUGAAUGUCACCAAUAGAAAACCAAAAAAUCCUUAUGAAAAAUUGAUUCUUCAUAAUGAAUUAAGAAAAUGGGCUGAUAUCAUGUUAAUUGCACCAUUAUCAGCUAAUACAUUGGCGAAAAUUUCUAAUGGUAUUGCUGAUAAUUUAUUAACUUCUAUUGUAAGAUCUUGGUGUCCAUCAACUUUUCAACAAGUUAAAAAACCAAUUAUAGUGGCUCCAGCAAUGAAUACAUUUAUGUAUACUCAUCCAAUUACUGCUAAACAGUUGAAUAUAAUACUGUCACCUGAUUUUGGUAUUGAAGUAUUAAAACCAGUUGAAAAAAUUUUGGUUUGUGGUGAUAUAGGAAUGGGAGGGAUGAGAGAAUGGGCUGAAAUUGUUGAUAUUUUAAGAAGAAGAGUUCAGAGUAUCAAGGCUGAACAAAAGAAAUUGUUAGAUGAAGAACAACGGUUAAAUGAAGAAGAGGAAGAUAAUGAUGAUGAAGAUGAAGAAAAGGAUAAUGAUGAUAAUGAAGAUGAUGAAGAUGAUGACGACGACGACGACGAUGAUGAUGACGAUGACGAUGACGAUGAUGAUGACGAAGACGAAGACGAAGACGAAGACGAAGACGAAGAAGAUGAUAAUGAAGUAGACGAAGAUGAUACAAACAAGCAAAAGCUUGUUAGAAACAAUACAAUUGAGAACGAGGAAUCACCUAAAAAGGAUGAUGAUGAAAUGAUAUUUGAAAUCACUGAUCAAGAACAAAGUGAACAAGAUGAUGAAGGUGAAGGUGAAAUUGUUGCCAAUGAAUUACGUAAGAUUUCUUCAGUUCCUUCACGUCGUCAACAGAAGAUUAAAAUACCUAAAGAAACUCAAAAUCUUAUUUGA